AUGGCAUCUAAGCCUCUGAACAUCCGAUGUCAAAGUAAGAAUGGACGUCACCCUCUGAAUGGCCUAACUUCGGCCUCUACAGUAGGCUUACUACGCAAAAAAUUAUCUGAACUGACACAGAUCCCCAACACAUCCUUGAAGGUCCUUAGUGGCUAUCCUCCAAAGGCUGUGGACCUGAGUGAUGAGGGGAGAGAACUCUUGGGAUUAAUUUCCUCUGGCGAUACCUUGAUUGUGGAGGAAGAUAAAUCAGAAUCUCCUUGUAAGACCAGCAAGGCUGCUGUGAAAAAUGCAGAUAACAUGUACCAGAAACAGAUGAAUGCUCCUCAGCAAGGAAUCUUAACACGAAAAGUAGUACCGGCCAACAAUUCCUGUCUGUUCACCAGCAUCAAUACAGUCACGACUGACGGUAACGUUGACCUGACAGCUUCAUCUCAAAUGCGCGAACUUAUAGCAGGGAUUGUAAUGAGUGAUCCAGUGUCAUUUAGUGAUGCUUUCUUGGGCCGCUCCAAUAAAGAUUAUUGUAAAUGGAUUAUGAAGGAUGACUCAUGGGGUGGUGCUAUCGAAGUAGCAAUUCUGUCAGAUUACUACAGUGUAGAAAUUGAUGUUGUAGACACACAGAGUGCUCGAAUUGACAGGUUUGGAGAGGACAAAAACUACAACAAACGUGUUCUGAUACUGUAUGAUGGCAUUCAUUAUGACCCCUUGGUGUAUGAACCUUGUGAUCCCAAUAGACCAAUUCAGACUAUCUUUGAUAUCACUGAUGAUAAAAUCUUAGCUCAGGCAAUGGAGAUAGCAUCUGAAGCAAAAGCUAGUCGCCAAUUUACUGAUGUGUCAAGCUUUACUUUGAGAUGUUUAGUUUGCCAAAAAGCAUUGAAAGGUCAAGAAGAGGCACAGCAGCAUGCCAAAGAAACAUCCCAUAUUAAUUUUGGUGAAGUUUAGCCUAUGUGUUUGUGAGAAAAACAUUUUAUGUGGUAUGAAAAGGAGGAUGUGACAGUAGGAAAGAAGAAGGAUAAUUCCAAAUCUGAGACAUUAAAAUGACAUGAACUGAGUAAAGCAUGCGUAUUGUAUUAGUUUUUCAUGAUAAAUUAUAUUGAAAUUCAUCAUUACACAUUGAGAAGAAAAAAAAAACACCACAAGCAUUUCUGCAUAUCAUUUUGUUUAUAUAUUUAUAAUGAAAUAUUUAUUGUGUGAUUUAUUCUUUUGUAACAAAUUUUAAAGGAAUGUUUGAUGAAGUAGGAAUCAAAAUAUUAUCUACAAAUAAUAAUGAAUUGUAAGAAUUUUCGAACACCUAAUAUGAAGGCAUUUGACUGUUGGGCAUAGAUCUGUUGAUCUUGUGGACAUCAUAUGAAGUUAAUACUCAAACUCUGUAUGAUAUUAUCACGCUAUAACCUUAAAAAAAAAGUUGAAGCCAAAGUUAAUGCUGUCAGAGUAUUUUGUCAUAUUAUUUUCUUGACAUUAAAUUAGGUAUUAUGCAUCUGCCUGAUUGUGCCAGUCUUUAGUUAUACACAUGUAUGUAGUACCGGAGAAUUGCAUACAGUGCAUGUUUGGAAGCAGCGCAUCAUUUGUCCCCAUUGUCAACCUAGUUUUCAUAAUUACCAUAUCUGACUAUUGAGGGAGAAAUUGGCAUGUAUGAACACCUUUAUCACAAGCAAAUCAGAUAUAUAAUGGCACUUUGCUAUGGAUUAAUGAUGAUUUAAAAAAAAAAUAAACUGCUAUUAAUGACAUGGAAAUCUACAUGAAGACCUCUAUAAGUCAAUAUAUCAAUACUUUAGCAUAUGCUGGAGAAUUGUAUCAAGUUUGAGCACAGCUGUUAUUUAUUUUUAUUUUUUUGAUUUAAUUUUUCAUUGGCCUAAAUCUGUAUUUGACUCCUUGUUCAUAUGAAAGUUUUAAACAGAGCUGUGACUACUCUAUAUACUUUAACUCUUACUCCCUGUUAUCUUAUGACAAAAUCUAACCUGUAUAAUAUUGUGAAUGACAACUUUGGCCCCAGCUUUGGAUUGAUGUACUUAUUUUUUUGGAAUGAAGUAAAGCCUACCCUGCACAUCUUCAAAAUACAUAACUUGUACAUCUUUAGCAACCUUAAGAAUUGAUCAUUUUUAUACACUUAGAAACUCAGAUUUAAUCAAUAAACUCAGACAAAUGAGUCAUGGUGAUUUUUAAUUCCAUUUACAUGUAUCAUGAAUUGUCAGUAUCUACAUAGCCUGCAAUGCAAGCUUUCUCUGUUGUUUCAGUGUGGACUUUUACAUUGGGAUUUAUGCCAGAAACCCUCGACUGUUAAAUGUGUAAAAUUAUAUUCCAGUCCUGUAGUAUUACACAUUUCUUUUCCAGUUUUUAACCAAAGAAGAAUGUUUUCCACUUGCUUUUGUCUGGUCAUGAAUUUGAUGUGGACAUCCUUCAUGGGUGAAGUGAUAUAUCACAUAAUGAUGUUUAACACAUUUUUGUGUCACUUUAGUUUUAUACAGCUGAGUACAAUAGUCUUUUCAUCUAUACCUUUUUUCAUAUUAUUUAGAAGAACUGGUGUUGUAAUAAACAAUAUUGUUUAGUGAAGUUGUAUUACCAUAACUACAUGUAUUGUUCUGAUUCAAGGAAAGCCACAUGAUGCUUUGCACCUCAGGAGUUAUCUUUCACCUCAAACUUCAUGGUGUUCAAAUUUUA